ACAUCUGAUUGGAUCUCACUCGGGCUAGGCGGAGUUUUGUCGCGUCGCGCAUGCGUGUAAGCCAAGGAUGGAGGACGCCGAACCCGAGCGAAAGCGGGCUCGCACAGACGAAGCGACUACCGGAGCCAGUCGCUCCGAGGCGGAAGAUGAGGAUGACGAGGACUACGUGCCCUAUGUGCCGUUGCGGCAGCGCCGGCAACUGCUGCUCCAGAAGCUGCUGCAGCGGCGGCGUAAGGGGGCUACGGAAGAGGAGCAGCAGGAUAGCGGCAGCGAGCCUCGGGGAGAUGAGGACGACAUCCCACUGGGCCCUCAGUCCAACGUCAGCCUUCUGGAUCAGCACCAGCACCUCAAAGAGAAGGCCGAAGCCCGCAAAGAAUCUGCCAAGGAGAAGCAGCUGAAGGAAGAAGAGAAGAUCCUGGAAAGUGUGGCGGAGGGCCGAGCUUUGAUGUCUGUGAAGGAGAUGGCCAAGGGAAUCACAUACGACGACCCCAUCAAAACCAGUUGGACACCCCCCCGUUAUGUCCUGAACAUGUCAGAAGAGCGGCAUGAGCGUGUACGGAAGAAGUACCACAUCCUGGUGGAGGGGGAUGGUAUCCCACCACCCCUCAAAAGCUUCAAAGAAAUGAAAUUCCCUGCAGCCAUCCUGAGAGGACUGAAGAAGAAAAGCAUCCAUCACCCGACGCCCAUUCAGAUCCAGGGCAUCCCCACCAUAUUGUCGGGCCGGGACAUGAUUGGCAUCGCCUUCACUGGGUCGGGCAAGACACUGGUGUUUACGUUGCCUGUUAUUAUGUUCUGCCUGGAACAAGAGAAGAGGUUGCCCUUCUCCAAACGUGAGGGGCCCUAUGGACUCAUCAUCUGCCCCUCGCGGGAGCUGGCCCGGCAGACCCACGGCAUCCUGGAGUACUACUGCCGCCUGCUGCAGGAGGACAGCUCACCGCUGCUGCGCUGCGCACUCUGCAUUGGGGGCAUGUCUGUCAAAGAGCAGAUGGAGACCAUCCGACACGGUGUGCACAUGAUGGUGGCCACUCCAGGGCGCCUCAUGGAUCUACUGCAGAAGAAGAUGGUCAGCCUGGACAUCUGCCGCUACUUGGCCCUGGACGAGGCUGACCGCAUGAUCGACAUGGGCUUCGAGGGCGACAUCCGCACCAUCUUUUCCUAUUUCAAGGGCCAGCGGCAGACCCUGCUCUUCAGUGCCACCAUGCCUAAGAAGAUUCAGAACUUUGCCAAGAGCGCCCUGGUGAAGCCUGUCACCAUCAAUGUGGGGCGCGCCGGGGCUGCCAGUCUGGAUGUCAUCCAGGAGGUGGAAUACGUGAAGGAAGAGGCCAAGAUGGUGUAUCUGCUUGAGUGCCUGCAGAAGACACCCCCACCCGUACUCAUCUUUGCAGAGAAGAAGGCAGAUGUGGACGCCAUCCACGAGUACCUGCUGCUCAAGGGGGUCGAAGCCGUGGCCAUCCACGGGGGCAAAGACCAGGAGGAAAGGACGAAGGCCAUCGAGGCAUUCCGGGAAGGCAAGAAGGAUGUCCUCGUGGCCACAGAUGUGGCCUCCAAGGGCCUGGACUUCCCUGCCAUCCAGCAUGUCAUCAAUUACGACAUGCCUGAGGAGAUCGAGAACUAUGUGCACCGUAUUGGCCGCACCGGGCGCUCAGGGAACACGGGCAUCGCCACUACCUUCAUCAACAAGGCCUGUGAUGAGUCAGUGCUAAUGGACCUCAAAGCCCUGCUGCUGGAGGCCAAGCAGAAGGUGCCGCCCGUGCUGCAAGUGCUGCACUGUGGGGACGAGUCCAUGCUGGACAUCGGAGGUGACACAGAGCGGGAGGCACAGUCUGGGGAACGUGGCUGUGCCUUCUGUGGGGGCCUGGGUCACCGUAUCACCGACUGCCCCAAACUCGAGGCGAUGCAGACCAAGCAGGUCAGCAACAUUGGCCGCAAGGACUACCUGGCCCACAGCUCCAUGGACUUCUGAGCCAGCUGUCUUCUUUCCUCCCCAAGAAGCCCUGGGCCCUGGGGCUCCAGCCACCCCUCCUUCCCUCCACACACACACACGCACGCACGCACGCAUGCACCAGCCCCCCAAGACAAGAAGCCAGCCUCUUCAGCCUGGGCCUGGCUGCCUGCUCCUUCUGCCCCCAGAAUUACUAUUUUUCUUCGCUUUCACCCCUGCUGCCAGUAAAGCACAGUAUCUCAGCCCUA